AAGACGGCGGAGGACGUGGUGCAUCUCACGGGGAGCUUCUGAGGGGGCGACGCUGUUUCCCCCCCCCUCCCCAGCCGUUGGCUGCGGGAGACCGGUGACUGGCUGGCGCCGUUAGAAGAGGCGGGGCUUUGCACAAGCAGUCCCUGUCACAGGGAGCCGUUGCACGCUCGGAUCGUCCUGUAUGUGCAAAGGAAGCUGGGCGAGUGGGCAUAGCUGGGAGGUUGGUGGAAGAUCCAGCUCUUCAUGACUUAACCCUUUCUGGCAAGGCACUUAAAGAAGGAAUGGCAGAAAAAGUGAACAACUUCCCCCCACUUCCUAAAUUUAUCCCGCUGAAACCAUGCUUCUACCAGAACUUCACAGAUGAAAUCCCAAUUGAUUACCAGACUCUGGUGAGAAGGAUCUAUCGCUUGUGGAUCUUUUACUGCAUCACUUUGAGUGUUAACCUCAUUGCUUCUCUGGCUUGGUGGAUCGGUGGUGAUACUGGUACCAAUUUUGGCUUGGCAAUUCUUUGGCUUGUCCUCUUCAGCCCCUGUAGUUAUGUGUGUUGGUUCCGGCCAGUCUACAAAGCCUUCCGGUCAGACAGCUCUUUUAAUUUCAUGGCAUUUUUCUUCAUUUUUGGAGCCCAGUUUAUCCUGACAGUCCUUCAGGCAAUCGGUUUCAAGGGGUGGGGAGCAUGUGGCUGGGUGGCUGCCAUAAGUUUUAUCGGCACUAGUGUUGGAGCUGGUGUGGUCAUGCUCUUCCCAGCAGUUAUGUUCACCUUGUGCGCUGUCGGGAUGUUUAUAAGUCUCAUCCGGGUUCACCGGAUCUACCGUAGUGGAGGUGGAAGCUUUCAGAAAGCCCAGAACGAAUGGCAGAGUGGAUCGUGGAAAGAUCCUCCAAGCAGGGAAGCCCAGCACAGCAACUUUUCAGGAAACAGCCUCCCUGAAUAUCCAACAGUUCCCAAUUAUGGAAAUCCCUGGUCCUGAUCCUCAUUGGUUGGGUUACCCAAGUAGUUUGGUUUGAGUUGUUGCAAGAAACACAUUGGGUUCCUCAUUUGAGGCUCUCUCUUUUCUCUCUUUCUCUUUUUCCUUUGAGGGGUGGUGCUCUUUUUUCCGCUAACCAUGGUUUUAUGUAUGGUUCUCCUUUCACGAUGGCAACAGCCUGUGCCAAGGCACGGCUGUUGCCCAUAAAAUUUGACUAGGCCUACCUUUAUUGACACUCACCUAUAUCAUUCUUGCCAAUGGAUGCACAAGGAACGGGAUAAAACUGUCAUUUCUGGUGACUGCCUCAUUUUGAAAGAGCAGCCAUUCACCACCAGGCUCCCCUGAAGAUUUCGGGGAAGAGACUUAAACUUCUCUCACCCUUUCCCUGUUUUUGAGCUUGCUUUGUGCUAAGGCUGCCUCCCCGUAUCUUUGGGGGAUUCUGCAGCUCUAGAGAUUGUUGUGAAAGGAAAUGUGUGAUAGUGAGAUAGGCACAAAGAGCAGCUUGUUCAUGACAACAACUAUUUUUUGAUGUUUGCUGCUGCCAGAGUAGGAGUUUUGUAACUGAAUCCUUCCCCCAGGAAGAUAAUUCCUGGAAAUAGAAAGUUAGCAGCAUGAUUAAUGGUCUGCCCUAAUCUUCUCACUGAACUGCUAGCUUUCCUACUGGAAAACUGUAUUAAUUAAGGGGGAUGAGUUCAAAUAUUGCCCCUGCUCUCCUAAAAUAGGACCCAUUUUCUGGAAGUUUUGACCUGUUGAUAGGUCUUCAUUUUGCUUAUUUGUUUUGUUUAGAGUGUGUUGCUUUCUGUUGUCUCCCUUUGGCCUUGCUGGCUAUUAACCUGCUUGUUAAAACAGAAAUUUUGAAGAUGCGCAUGAUCUGGUCCAAGCCUGUCCCUCUUAGAAAGAAGUAUUCCCACAAUUGAACCACAGAACUCUUUUCAUUGCUGGUUCUGGUAGAUCACGUUCUGUUCAGAUAUCCCACUUUACCCCAUAAACACAUGGAUGAGGAUCUGCAAAGUGUCGAGACUCACAGUUAGGUUGCAUCUACAAGUAUUUCUUUCCUCAGAUUUUUGGGGGGGUGUCUAAUAGCCAUUGAGUGCAAUCAGUCUUUCUCAACAUUGGCAACUUUAAGAGGUGUAGACUUCAACUCCUAGAAUUGAAGUGUGGCUGGCUGGGGAAUUCUGGGAGUUGAAGUCCACACCUCUUAAAGCUGCCACGGUUGAGAAACAUUGCUUUGGCUGGGCCAGUUUGACGUUUCAGCAGUUCUCAUCUAUUUCUUCCACAGCUUUCCAAUGAUCUUGGGUCUCUUGGCUUUGGGGCACCCUGUUCAGUCAGUGCUCUUCUCACCCUCUCACCUGUAUGAGUCUACUUCUGGCAUCCUGGGAUGUAAAAUCCUCCCCUGGAUUUGAGCCAGUUCCUUACCCAAGGAUGCUUUUUGGAAGGUACCGAUUACUGUGCUACCUCGGGCAGUCUUGUCCAGUCUGAUCCAACACACUGGGGCAGCAAUGCCCAGCUAUGCUGGUGAGGGAUUUCAUGGCUUGCACUCCCCAUAUAUCUGGAAGCGGCCAGAUGGGGCCAAGCUGCCUCAAAAUACUUAUACUCCCAAAUCUUGAGCACAGUCUUAGGGAUGUCUGUCAGUUAAAUCAUCUGGACCGUACUCCUCAUCCAGCAAUUAGUUGCCAUUUCAAGCUGUCACUUUUAUUUUCAAGGAGUAGGCUUGCCCUGUUUUUUACUCCCUUUGGAAAAUACACUACAUUUUGGGAAAUGUUGUUGUGGGUUUAUCAGAAAAUGUGAAAAACGCCUCCAGGUAGAAUGAAGAAUAAGGAUAGGACAGCAAAGUGGGUUGUAAUAUGUGCCUUAUCUGAUUUUACCUACUCUGGUCUGUUUCUCUCCUCCCAAAUCCCAGUCUUUUUUGUAUAUGUAGUGACCCCCCCAAAGGAUUACCUCUUGGUUCGCUGGAAGACUGCCUGUUUUGUAAAUACAAGGGCCAAAUUCUCCCCAUCAAGGAUGAUUUUUAAAAAUGAGCCAAAAGAAAUGAAAACUGUUAAUGCUGGAGGCCAAAAACCUCUACUGGUCUUUCUUUGGGAAUAGCUUUGUGAAAAGUGAGACUCUCUCUCUCUCUCCUUGGGAGAUUUCUUGAUACAUUCCAAAUGUGGGCUUUGAAAAAAAAACGUUAUCUGCCAUUUUAAAAUGCAUUACACUUGUUCCAAAGUGCUAGCGAGCCACUGCUUUAAAAUUGCCUUGCUGACAUCACGACAUUGCAUUGCAUGAGCUUUACUUCCUCUGCCUUUGCCUUAAUUGCUUUAAAAAAAAAUAGCGGGGGGGGGAGUGCUGCCUACUUACUAGCUACCCUGCAGGGUCCCUGUAAUAGGCGUGCCCCAUCUCCAUUUCCUCAGAGGAACCCCCUGCUAAAUAUUUCCUCAGUGCCACCAGUUGCUUUUUCACCGUGUACUUUUGGACUUCCCAGUUUGGCUGCUGGGAAGAGAAAUGAGCUGGCUGGUUCUUGAAACUCAGGAUACCCAGGUAGGCCAUUCCUGGGUACAAGGCUGCCUUAAAAGCCUCUUGCUGGACUCCCAGAUUGAUGGGCGUUUUCUCAAAAGCGGGGCGACCAGACUUCUUGCCAAAUUGCGAAGGGGUUCUGUUUUUUCUGCAGGAGUCUCAGUCAGCAAAGACCCCUCAUGUUCUCCAUUAAGGCCAAUUAAACAGCAGCAGCAGCAGCAAAUGUUGCUCCUGUUGGGCUAUUUUGCAGAAGGGGGAGUGGGUUUGUAGUGAAGGCCAGCUGUUCUCUGGCUACUUAACGGGAAUUCUAAUACCAGAGAAGAAAAUGUCCUAGAUGAGAUCUGCAAAAUCAAAUUAUUCAAGCAGAAAACUGUGGCCAAGGGUCUUGGCAAACAUUUGAGUGAGGGUAUCUCACGGGACCACCUCGUUUCUGUGCCAUGGCUCUGCCCAUCCCAGGAAGCCCGCCAACCAUGAUCUCCUGCUGCAGUUUCUGUUUUGACAUCUUAGCUCUCCUCCUCAAAUCACGCUGUGCUUCAGCGCAACCUUUUGAGAACUGAAUCGCUUGCCAAUGUAUCAUGUCUGCCAUUGACUUAAUAUAAUGUACUUAUAACUCUGAAAUUUUUGUAAAUGUUUACAUUAUUCCCAAGGGAGCUUAUAACAUGGGUCAAGGGAUGGGUGUUGUGGAGAAUUAACUCUACUAUUCUUGUUCUGCAUCAUGUUGUAGAUUGUUUGCAUUGUAAUGUGGUGUGUUAAUUCAUUCAGGGUUUUUUUUUUUCUUUAAAAAUAAAUGAA